AUGAGCAACUACUCGACAGUACCUGCGCUGGCAUGCAACGCGAGUGCCGCCUUGUUUACUGAGCUCUUCGGUGCCGACAUCAUCAAUAUAUCCGGCAGCAUUCUUUACUGCAAUCACCCCUCCAUCGCCGUUCGGAACGUCGAAUUCUGCAACAUCACUGUCACUUACACGCACCCUGCUCAUAACGAUACAAUUCAUGUAGAGACAUGGCUCUUCACGCAAACUUGGAACAGACGACUACAGGCUAUUGGCGGCGGUGGGUGGGUCGCAGGUCGCUUCGCCAUGACAGACAUCGGAAUGGCCCUGGGCGACCUCGCGUCAAUAGCGUUGAAUGGUCAGUACGCUGUGCUCGCCAAAGAACUUAUCAGAAGUUUCUAUGGCCGACCUGCGGGUUACUCGUACUGGAGUGGUUGCUCGCAAGGCAGUAAACAAGGCUUCAUGCUCGCUCAACGAUAUCCAAACGCAUACGACUGUAUAACAGGAGUGGCACCGGCGCUCAAUUGGGCACAGUGCAUUCUGGCGGCAUCGUGGGCACAAGUCAUGAUGUCCAUCACCGGCCAAUACCCACCGAAGUGCGAGGUCAAUGCACUUACCGAUGCUGUAGUGGCGGCCUGUGAUCCCUUAGAUGGUGUAACUGAUGGGCUCAUCAGCGAUAUGUCAAAGUGCACUUUUGACCCCUUUGCAUUGGUCGAGAAGACCGCGCACUGCCCUUCUACCAACACAACAAUCGUCAUCAGCCAUGCCGCCGCCACUAUCGCAAAUCUUUCCUGGACAGGGCCCCGCAAACGAGGGGCGAUUUCCUUGGCACGGCGUGAACUACCAAGCACGUCUUACAGGCUCAGGCUGUUCAUAAAGAAGAAUCCGGAGUGGGAUUAUAGUAAGAUCGGGAGCGUGGAGGAGUAUGCAAGACUGUUCUAUGCUGGUGUGCAGGAGUGUGAUUCAAUCGUCAGGACGGUGGAUCCGGAUCUCAGCGCAUUGAGGAAAUCUAGAGGUAAGAUACUGGCAUAUCACGGACUGGCUGAUGGAUUCAUACCCACUAGGGGCACCGAAAAUUACUACAAACGUGUCAAUGACACGACCUCGGCUAUCGACGACUUAUUCCGGGACUUCGAAGUCCCUGGCCUUGCGCAUUGUUCUGGCGGACACAGUGGUCAACCGACUUCAACUUUCCAAGCACUCGUUGGCUGGGCGGAGAAGGGUGUUGUACCCGACACGCUACCUAUUGAGUUCAAUGACAUGAAGGGCAUACAGCAUCAACGUAUACUGUGCCCAUACCCAGAGAAAGCAAGUUUGAAAGAGAAGGGGUUGGAUGUUACGAAGCGGGAGUCGUGAGUAUGUGCAUUGUAGUGAGUGGAUUUUUUUCAUGACUCACGGGCCGAAAAUUUUCUUUCACGCUUCACAUCCGAACUUCAUAUUGUUCCC